AUGACGCGCGUCGCCGUCGUCACCGGCGCCAACAAGGGCAUCGGCUUCCACGUGGCGCAGCAGCUCCUCGCCUCCUGCACCGUGGUCAUCCUCGCCUGCCGAGAUGCGAGCCGCGGCGAGGCCGCCGUCCGGAGACUGAGCGAUCCGAAGGCGCGGUUCAUGCAGCUCGACAUCGGCGACGAGGCCUCCAUCGCGACGUUCGCCGCGGCCGUGGAACAAGACGUCGGCCGCGUCGACGCGCUCGUCAACGACGCGGCGAUCGCGUUCAAGGCCGCGGACCCGACGCCCUUCGCGGCCCAGACGGAGCCGACGCUGAAGAUCAACGUCCGGGGCACGGUCGCGCUCACCGACGCGCUCCUGCCGCUCCUGGAGCGGUCGGACGCGGGGCGGCUCGUGCACGUCGCGAGCAUGACGGGCAAGCUCCGCGAGGUGUCGCGGAAGCGGCGGCGGGACUUCUCGGACCCGGCGCUGACGACCGAACGGCUGCUGGGCCUGGCCGACGACUUCGCGGCGGACGUCGCCGCGGGCCGCCACAAGGCCGCGGGCUGGGGCUCGAGCAACUACGGCCUGUCGAAACCGUGCGUCAUCGCCCACUCGAAGAUCCUCGCGCGCAAGUACGCCGGCUCGGCGCUGCGCGUGAACGCGUGCUGCCCCGGCUACUGCCGGACGGACAUGUCCUCGAACCGCGGCGGCCGGCCGCCCGAGGUCGGCGCGCGGAACGCGGUCCUGCUCGCGCUGCCCGACUGCGGCCUCAACGGCGAGUUCGUCCAGGACGAGGCCGUCUCCGCGUGGUAG